AUGAUGUUACGGCCUCUAGUAUCCUGCCUCUCCUUCCUGAGCCUCAGUACUGCAGCGUCAGUCAACCCGUCGAUAUGGGGACGCCAGUCGACCGCCUGCAAUAACUCGCCUUCCCUCUGCUCGAAAACCUACGAUAGCAUCGUCCACCUGGGCGCCCACGACUCUCCAUUCCUUCGAGACGCCUCGACGGGAUUUUCAACCUCGGGCAAUCAAUACUAUAACUCCACUGUCCAACUGUCAGCUGGCGUGCGUCUGCUCUCGGCACAGGUACACCAAUCUAACGGAGAAUACCAUUUGUGCCAUUCAUCCUGCGAUCUGCUGGAUGCUGGAAUCUUGUCGGACUGGCUGGAAGAGAUCAAGGCGUGGCUAGACAGCAACCCGAACGAGGUCGUGACUAUCCUGCUCGUCAAUUCCGACGACGCCACGCCGCAAGACCUGGGUGCGCACUUCACCGCAGCGAGGAUCACAGACUAUGCAUAUGUCCCGCCUUCCACAAGCGUACCCCCGUCCGCGGGAGCAUGGCCUACACUGCAGGAGUUGAUCAACGCAAAUAAACGCCUGAUGGUCUUCGUCGCAUCCCUUGCCAACCCAGCCCUCAUACCGACGGAAUAUGCGUACCUGAUGGACGAGUUUUCGUUUAUAUUCGAGAACCCGUUCGAGAACGUUGAUCCUAGUGACUUCACCUGCGUCCCCGAGCGGCCGUCGAGCGUGCAAGGAAAUAGCCAAUCUGCAAUUUCGUCGAAUCGCAUGGCUCUCAUGAACCACUUCCUCUACAAGGAGGGCCUCUUCGACAUCGAAACUCCCGAUGUGGACAAGAUCAAUGUCACAAAUUCACCGGGCAGCAGCAUAGGCAAUCUCGGCUACGCACUUUCCACCUGCAAUUCUCAAUACGGCAGACCGCCGACGUUCACUCUUGUGGACUUUUUCGACGAAGGACCGGCCAUCGCUGCUGUGGACGCCGUGAAUGGAGUGUCAUCACCCGUUGGACGGACACCGGUGCCUCCGCGAGACACCAAGGAGGAUCUUGACCAGAGUCAGUCGAGUUUCCAAGGUGUCGUGGAUUUGGCCAACGACGUUAAAGACGGGAAGAAACCUAGUGUUGGGGCAUGGAUCUGGGCUGCGGGACAGUGGACCUUUGGUGGGAUCAACCUGAGCGGCGGAAAUGUUGUGGAAUAA